AUGGAAGAAGAAGAAGAAGAAGAAGAAGAAGAAGAAGAAGAAGAAGAGGAGCCGCCCGCGCCCGCGCCCGCAGCUGCGAUGCCCGCCGACCCGCGGCUGCCGUCGGUGCCGGUGGGCGUGCCGGCGCAGCUGCCGCGCCGCCCCCACGUGGAGCGCGACGCCUUCACUGCCGCCUUCGCCGUCGUCGCAGAGAUCACGCCGCCCAAGACACCUCCACCUCCAGAAGGUCGCGUCAGCCCGUUCCGCGGGCGCGGUUUCCGGCCGCCGACCCGCGCGUCCUCCCGGGCGGCGUCGCCGUCGCCGUCGGCCAAGCGCCGGCGGCCGUCGCGCAUCCCCAGGUCGACGUCGGGCUCUCCCGCCCACCGGCCGGCCGCCGGCAAGCACGGCACGCCGCGGGCGUCGAGGCCCGCCUCUCCGGGCAACGCCGCCGGUCCUGAGGGCCCGCACCAGAACGGUACCGCGCCGGCGCCCAACAUCGUCACCGACGGCGCGUCGCAGGACAGCCAGCAGUCGCAGGAGGCGGAGGCCGUAGCGGAAGACCCGGCGCUUCUCGGCGUCGGCGAGCGGCCGCAGCACGGGCUGUCCAUCCGAGGCGGCCUGGCUCUCAAGAAGGCGCUCGCGGGUCGGGUCGCAGCGUCCAAGGCCGGCCGCGAGCCACCGCCACCUGCCCCCGCCGCCGAAGACGAGAGCCGGAGCUGCCACGGAAGCCUCAAGAACGCCGCCAACGCCGCCGCCGUGCGCUCCAGGCUCUCCUCGCCGAAGGGUGGCAGGCCCGCAGCUAGCGGGGAGCCGGUGUCUCGAGGGUCGAGGCCGAGCGUCGGUACUGCCCUCAGACUCGCAUCGCGUCUGCAGUCGCCGAGGAGCAGGCGGAGCGCGCAACAGCAGGACUCGGGAGGCGGCGAGGACGGCGUCGACGCGCCCGAAGAACAGGAAGACGGCGGCGGCGACGCGGGUCGUAGAGGCGGCGGCGGCGGCACGGGUCUGGCUGGCGUCGCCAGGCUAGCGUCGCGCGUCCAGUCGCCCUCGGCGGCGACCAGGGGGCGGAGGCAGGAGGAAGCAGCCCGGGGGCAGAAGGCCGGUACCGGAGGCGUGGCCACUGCUCUCUCACUGGCGGCGCGCAUCCAUUCCGGAAAGAGACGCGGCGCUUCGCCGGCUGCAGGUGACGACGACGCAGACGGCGGUGAGGUCGGAGGCGGAGACGGCGCCGGUGGCGGCAUACCGUUGCGCGCGGCUGCGGGCGUGGCAGCGGCAGCUAGGCGCGCCCGCUCCCCCAAAGCUGCGGACGCGGCCAACGCCGCCAGGGGCUCUACGGGAGCCGGCGCACUGAGAGGCGUGGCGGCGGCCGCUUCCCGCCUGCAAUCGCCGCGCGGCCAGAGAGGAGCAGCCAGCAGCGGCGGCGGCGGAGGAGGAGGGACGACGGUGGGAUCGUUCGCGAUGGCAGCGUCUGUGGCCUCUCGAGUGCAGUCUCCCAGGGGCCGAGCCGCUGCUGGAGCAGCAACAGCCGCCCCUGGUUCGUCGGUCGGGUCCGUGGCCGCUGUGGCGUCCGUGGCGUCCAGGGUGCAGUCCCCGCGCAGCCGACCAGGAAGCGGCAAACACUCGUCGCUGGCGUCGACGGCCUCCGUGGUGUCGCGCAUGCAGUCGCCGGGCAGCAAGGCGGUCUCUCGGCGCGGCCAGCAGCUGCAGCAGCAGCCGUCCCGGACCGGGGGCCGGCUGGGCGGGCUGAUGACGCUCUCCGUGAUGCGGCGGCGCGCAGACCCGGUGUACGUGACGCCCACGAUGGCUUCACCGUCCAGCGUCACUGCCACGGUGACCAGCGUGUCCAACCGCACCACCACCACCCCUGCCGCGCUCGCUUCCACCGGCGCUGCCGCCUCCGCCGCCUCGGCCUCCCACAAGCAGCCGAUGGCGCCCGUCGAGGAACCCACCGUCACCACCGCCGCAGCGACACAGGUACACCUGGCGUCGGUCUCGCUGCUGGCGGAGCCAAUCAGCGUGUCUGCUGCCCCCGCCGCCUCCACCGCCCCCGCAGCACCGGCCACGCCCAGCACGCCCGACACGUCUAGCGCGCUGGUGGCCUGCACCACGACGCCCGCUCUGCAGCUGGCCGACCCCGCAGCCGAGCCGCAGGCCCAGGAGCAGCCGCAGCAGCAGCUGCACAAGAGCGACAAGCCCGCCGCCAGCCUCUCCGUGGCCUCCAGCAAGGCGGCGCCACCGCUCGGUCCGGCUGCCUCCACCCCCAAGCCGGCGGUGGCAGCGACGACGGCGGAAGCCCCCGGCAAGGCCUCUGGGAACCCGACGUCUUCCUCCGGUGGCGGCAACGCCGGCGAUGCAGACACCCAGGGCGGCCAGGGCCCGCGCGUCGACAGCGCCUCGCUAGUCAAGAAGCUGCUGGCGUCGAAAGCGGCCGCCGAGGGCAAGGCCCCUGCUGCCGGGGGCGGCGCGAGUGGGACCGGCGCCAAGGCUGAGGCUGCGGGGGCGGCGGCUGCGGCCAAGGCAGCCACGGGCGCCGUCAAGACCAGCCACAUGGGCGUGCCCGCGGCGCGCAAUGCGGGGUCGGAGAAGCAAGGCUCGGUGAAACAAGAGGGCAGCAAGAGCAACAGCAACAGCAACAGCGACAUCAAGUCGGCGAGCAGUAGCAACGGUGCCAUCACCACGAGCGAACGUCUGGUGCAGGAAGGGCCCGAUGCAGAGACACUCAGCGCCAACAAGCUCAUGACCGCCAAAGGGCCGGCGGCGGGCCAGCCGGCGUCGGUGAUCGGCGGCCCCCAGAAGGCCAGCCUGCAGCCGCCAAGGACCACCACCGACGCCAGCGCCGCCCCCGCCGGCGGACGACUGCGGCGCUUCUUCUGCGCGCCGUGGGACAAGGUCGCCUGCUGCGCCGGCAGGAAAAAAGGUACGUGUCUCCUCUCCCUGAACAUUGAACACGGCCUGUGA